UGUGUUGCGCGGGUUUUCCUUGUUUUGAGAAAAAGGACCAGUCUAUUUAUAAAACAUAAUUCAACAGGUGGAAUAAUAAGUUGUCGACGAACGAAGUUAUGCGAGGUCAAAUACGCAUCGUCAUCACCGCAUCUUACAACAAAGCGACUUUGGUCGUGAUGGGAAUCAGAGGCAUAUCAACAGUUAGGUAUUCUAGUAUUUAUAUGAAGGCCCAUAUUGGCAGUUCAUCCGUUUCACACAAAAGCGAACUCAUUCCGAUGACGUCACACAACUUGAUUCUGCACGAAUGCAUUACUUUUGACGUUAACCGAAUCUCAAGCAGGCGACGCAUUGUGGUAUCGGUUUGGGGAAAUCACCGACGCACUGGCAAACUCGAACCAAUAGGUCGAAUAAGUUUUGAAAUCAGAAAUAUUAGAGGAAAACAGGUUCUACACGACUGGUACAGGUUGCGACCUGAAAGAAUAAGUUCCAAAACCCACCGAAGAUCACCAGGCGCAAAAACGCCUUUUCCAAACCGCGUAUCAACACCCGCAAGCCAGUUACCACCCCAAACAACUACUUUCCCUCAUGCCUUCCAUCAAGAAUAUGAAGACGCGUCUUAUUAUGAGGUUAGCGAAAGGGAAUCUUCGUCUAAGAAACAAAUAUUAAAACCUGAAAUCGGAAACGUUGCAGUUUCAGUAGCAAGGCGAGCAGAGAUAAUGAGCAACCAGAUAUCUCCGCUGUCCCCUAUAAAAAUCGUAUGUUCACCAGUCGUUGUGAAGCGAAUUGUGAAGUUAGCUGUGGAGCGUCGGGCAUGCGAAGUUGUUGGUGAUAGAAAAUACCUUUCCGUGCCAAAAACACCGACAGGACGAAGACAUUUGCGCCCGAAGAACUACACUCCGGAUGAAAUAAUGACAUCACGAAAAAGUUACGCAAAACACGAGAACAGUUAUGACGUACAAUCAACGCCUUUGUUGCAAAAACAAACGCCAUUCACACCAUUCGAUGACAUCACAGAUGACAUAAGAAGUACGUCACCAUCGUCGGACCGUGGUUACCACAGCAACAGCGAUCAAGACUUUUCAGUGUUGCCAUUGAAAAUUGAUUUCAACAGUGAUGCAGAGUCCAGUGUUCCCAAACAAAAGGUUGAGGAAACCUCACGCCGCCCCUUAAGCAGACGAUUGUCCCUUGACAGCUUGAUGCAAUUCCGUCACGAGAUGGCGGUAAAGAUGCCGUCGGGGGAACUCGGGGUAAAAGGAACCUCACAGAGAGACUGGAACGAAAAUGGAAGGAGCACAAAAUCAAAAACAAUAUCCAACCUUAUGACAUGGUUUCAACAGCGAAAAAUGCCCGAAACAGAGAAGAAGCAUUCGGGGAAAACGGGACAUUCCUGUCGAAACUCGACCCCAAGAAAAAAAACAAAUAGAUGUCGAUUUCGAAGAAGUUUAAGCAUCAGAAAAUCAAAAAAAAAAGCUUUAACAACUGAAACAACCAUAACAGCGAUUACUCUUACGGACGUUUUAUCAAAUAAAGGAAGCACAAACUCCUUCCGCGAGUUCCUUCUUGGUGAGUUCAGCGUAGAAAACUUAGACUUCUGGCUUCAAUGCGAAGAAUAUAAAUUCCAGAAACCAAGCAAGCUCAAGAAGUUGGCUAAAUGCAUACACAUGGAGUAUAUCGUUUCGGGAUCUAAGAGUGAGGUAAACCUCGACGCACAAACAAAAAAGGCGAUCGCGACCAGACUUCAUAGCCCAACAAAUCAAACUUUUGAAGCCGCUCAAUUGCGAAUAUUUGAACUAAUGCAAAAAGAUUCCUUUCCAAGAUACCGAAAACUUUGUAACAUAUAAUGUGAAUGUAUUCGGAGAAGUUUUUAAGUUCCAAGUAAUAAAUUCUUUUCAUUUUAAA